AUGCUUCUCAUCAUAGCGCUUUGUUUAUUGUCACGAUUUGAUCAGAAUUUUGCACAUCCUUCUUCGUCGUCCUCUCCGUUGCCCUCAUCAACAACUCCGGAUAAAAUCCGGAAGGAAGGCACAAAACUGCGGAAGGAUGACUCUCCAGAACCUGUCAUAAUAACAACUACUGCGUCCGCAAAACCCAUAAAAUCUCCUGAUGAAAUUGCACCGAAUGAUCGAAUAUGUGAUACAAAAGGAUGCGUGAUGGCAGCGAAUCACUUGUUGAUGGCCAUCAAUACGUCAGUGGAUCCGUGUGAUAAUUUCUAUGAAUACGCUUGCGGUCAAUGGAAUCGAGACCAUCCGAUACCGGAUGAUAUGUCUGCCUAUGGGACGUUUGCGUAUGUGCGAGAAAAUGUGCGACAACAAAUGAGAGUGUUAUUUGAGUCGGAUUCACCGACAACAUCGAAAUCGAUUGGUAUGACGAGAAUCGCCUAUAGAACUUGCAUGAAUACGAGUGAGCUGGAGGCACGGAAAUCAAGGCAGUUGCUGAGCGCAUUGGAUUCGCUGGGAAAUUGGCCUUUGUUGACACCGAACGCGUGGAAUCGAAGUGCUUUCGAUCUCACCUCAUUGCUGGCAAUGGCAAAACGCAACUACGGAAAUGAGAUCUUCUUCCAAGUUUACGUUUAUGCCGAUGCUAAGAACACAACCAAAAACACGCUUUAUGUUCGUUUCUUGUUCAUUUGCUUGAAAUGGUUUUGUAGGGAUAUUUCUCGAAAAUGCUCAAUUUUGGGUCGUGGUUCGCGAGAUUAUUAUCUGAACACGACGAUGUUCGCGAAUCAUUUGGCAGCUUUUAAGAAGUAUCAACACGAAAUCGUGAAAUUGUUGCUGCAUGAUGCAAACACAACACGGAAUGAGGCUGAUUUGCAAGCUGAUUUGGACGAAAUUCUUGAAUUUGAAAAGAAAUUUGCAACGAUCAUUGUACCUGAAGACGAUCGACGUAACAAUACACGAAUGUAUAAUAAGCGGAAAGUGGCAGAUUUCUACAAAAUGAUGCCUCAGAUCGACUGGGUUCGAUAUUUCCAUAUGAUAAUGCCCGCAGAUCUGCAUAAAAUGAUCCAUAAUAAUACUGAAGUGAUCGCGUGUGAGAUUGAGUUCUUACUGAAAACUGCAAAGUUAUUGGACACGAUUGAAAAUCGAGUCAAAGCCAAUUAUAUCAUAUGGCGUAUCGUUCAUUCUUGGGUGAAAAUUCUGGACACUCGUUUCGAAGAUAUUAAACAGGAUCUGUUGCGUGUGAUGACUGGCCAACAAACGAAAUCGCCACGUUGGAAAGAAUGCGCACAAGGGCCAACGACUCUGCUGCCGUUAGCUGCCGGAGCGUUGUAUAUUCGAGAGCAUUUCGACUCGACUGAUAAAAAAGAGGCAUUGGCCGAAGGAAUGAUCAAUCACAUCGGAUAUCCGGAUUUCAUUAAUAAUGAUACAGCUUUGGAUGAACAUUAUAAGCGGCUGGAUUUACAAGCAUCAGAUUCGUAUUUUGAUUUGCUUCGAAAGGUGAUUCUAUGGUCACAGGAGAAAGAAUUUAUGCGUUUGACGAAAGAGUUUGAUAAGUUCGAGUUUGAAGUGAGUCCGGCCGUCGUGAACGCCUUUUACUCGCCCGAAAAAAACGCACUCACAUUUCCAGCAGGUAUUCUGAAACCACCGUUCUUCAGUGGGCACUAUCCAAAAAUGGUGAAUUAUGGUGCAAUCGGUGCGGUAAUUGGGCAUGAGAUCACGCACGGGUUCGACGAUCAAGGAAGUCAAUUCGAUAAAGACGGUAAUCUACAAAACUGGUGGAAUGCAGACUCAUACAGUGGGUUUGCAAAACGCAAAGAGUGCAUAAUUGAUCAAUAUAGCUCGUAUAAAGUUCCGAAUACGGAUUUUAGAGUGAAUGGAAAGUUGACACAAGGCGAAAAUAUCGCUGAUAAUGGUGGAGUGAAAGAGGCUUACAGGGCUUACCGAAAGUACGUAAAGAAACUGGGACGUGAAGAGCCUCGACUGCCAGGAUUUCGUGACUUUUCGAAUGAUCAAAUAUUUUUCCUCUCUUAUGCGCAUUUCUGGUGUGGUCAUAAGAAGGACGCUGCGGCCGUUCAACACGUUCUAACAGAUGAGCAUAGCCCUGAGAUAUUUCGUGUCAUUGGAGUGCUGUCGAAUUUAGACGAGUUUUCACAAGCGUUCCAAUGUCCACCUGGAAGUCCGCUGAACCCUGCGCAAAGGUGUGCAGUAUGGUAG